CUCUCAGAACCAGGCCCUUGGGUCAGCGCACUGAUGUUAAUAUACCGACCUCAACACAGCAAUUCGGGGAUUAGCAUGACACUAAACCUGAUCACUUUUUCCGCCUUUUCUCUUGUUUCCACUUUCUCGAGUAUAAAUCUUUCGGCGAUAUAGAUCUGGUUGUGGCAGGUGACGGAAGGGACGGGGCGCACGCCGGGCGGGCGUACCACAUUGUCGGGACAGGAAAUCUGUUCCUGGAUGACCAAAACCAGGAUUUGUAAGGUGCACGGAGGGAAAGCUUCGGCGGGCGAUUGAACGAAUGAAGAUCUGGGUUUCCUUUGAUGCCCUCACUCUCAAUCGACCAGGAAUGUCAAGCUGCAUGUAGUGUAAUGGCUGUCAAUGUAUGGCUAGCGUGGAGCGAUGCCGAGUGGGCAUAAUUCUUCGUCGCACGUUCGACCCUCGAGGGUUCCGCAAGCUGCUAGCCGUGAGGACAAAUUCGUUUCUCCUGCUCAACCGCUUGCACACAUCUUCUUCAUUUAAAUUUCCGACUUUGUUACUCGUCGUCUCCCUCUCGUUACCGAAGAACCCGAAUGGCACCCACUUGAGUGAGAAGCCGGACCCGCUUUGGCUUCGCAAAUUGCCCAGAUGGAAGUUCCUGGUCGUCUGCGGAUGUGAGUGCGAAACGCUGCAGGGUUACCUAUGCGAGGUGCUUUAUCAGUCGAAAAAAAAGUCUAUCACAAAGUCAGGUCAUGGAGUGGUGCAUUGUGGUGCACUGAAGGAUAUAUAAGGAGGGUGUUGUCCUCCGGUCUGAGGCACCUCUCCAUCCAUCAGCAUCACAAGCACUCAACCUCCAUCUUCUUCACCUCUUUAAAAAGGACACCUCUUCUUCAAUACCUCCAUUCAGCAACCAUGCCUUCCAACACUAGCCACAUCCAGAAGCGCGACCAGCUCAACCAGCACCCUGAUCUUGUCCUCGGUACCAAUGAUUGGCAAGAGCCUGACCAGCACCUGGGCUUCCCUACCGACUUCGAAACGAGACCUGCCCCAGUAAGAGAGAGAG